AUGGCACCCAAUACUAUGAAGGCGGCCGUUUGUAGGGCGGUCGGGGGUCCAGUAACUGUGGAAGAGGUCGAUGUGCCGACCCCCGGACCCCGAGAGGUGCUCGUCAAGCUCGCUGCAGCCUCUCUCUGCAGUACCGAACUAAGCGUUAUUGACGGGAUGUUUGGUCCUGGGAUAUUCCCCGUGAUCCUCGGACAUGAGGCGGUCUCAGUGGUGGAAGAGCUAGGCCCCGGAACAGAACAAUAUGGACUGAAAGUAGGGCAGCUCAUUGGAGCACCUCCGUACUCUAACAUGUGCUUAGAGUGCUACGACUGCAAGAUGUACGGACCUGACUUUUGUACCAGCAGGAAGGUCAAGGGGAUCAGUGACGCAGGUUACUUUGCUGAGUAUGGUGUGGUUGAUGCGGCAAGUGCUGUUGUGGUUGCCGAUGAUGAAUCUGGCUUUGAUGUUCGGCAGCUAUCACCCAUCUUUUGUGCCGGUGUGACGGUCUGGGACGCCCUGGAACGUGCUAAAAUUGAGCCUGGGCAAUCAGUUGCGGUCCUAGGGCUUGGUGGUCUUGGUCAACUGGCAGUGCAGUAUGCAACAGCGCUGGGGGCGAAGGUCUUCGCACUUGAUAUCCAGGACGAGCAGCUGAAUUCCAUCAAAGGUACCGUUGAUGGAAUUAUUAACAUGAAAGAUCACCCAGGACCACAACUGAUGGCCAAACUGAAGGCCCUUAAUAACGGCCGCGGUGCUGAGGUCGCUAUUGUCAUAGCCGGCUCUACCGCAGCGUACCAAGCAGCCCUCUCUUUGCUCCAACCCCUCGGACAACUUGUAGUUGUUGGUCUUCCCAAAGAGCCCCUGUCUAUACACGCGGGUCAGCUCUCCGCAAUCUGUAACAAGAUUGUGGGAGCAAGAAUCCCUGGCCAGGCGGCCGCUCAGCGGUGCCUCCAAUUUUCGCUCAGAAAGGACAUUCUGCCAACUGUUAACCAGCGCCAAUUCAGGCUGGAAGACCUCAAUGAUAUGAUUGCGCUCAUGCGUGAAGGGAGGGUAGCGGAUGGCAGAAUGGUGAUCCGCUUCUUAUAG